AUGCUCCGACUCGAGCAGGAGCGUAGAAGUAAGGCAACGCGGUUCCUUCUAGUUGAAAAUGAGUACCAAGCGGAGACGUUUGUCUGGGAGGUACAAGUGGACAUUGACAUUGACAUUGACAUUGACAUUGACAUUGACAUUGACAUUGACAUUGACAUUGUCAUUGACAUUGUCAUUGACAUUGACAUUGACAUUGACAUUGACAUUGACAUUGACAUUGACAUUGACAUUGACAUUGACAUUGACAUUGACAUUGACAUUGAAAAUUAUGUAUUGUCAAUAUUUUAUCAAUAUAAUUUAGAUACAGAGGUCCUAGAACUACCAUUUUUAGUAGUAGAAUUGGAAGAUGGUGUUGUCCUGAUUUCGACGAAAUGGAUUUUUAAUAGAGAAGAAAAUGAUGAAUUAUUUUGCUACUAUCCACCAACAAAUAAAACCACUGAGCUUAAUGAGAUGGUCUCUAAAUUGAUAGAUCCUAAUAUAACUUGGAAUCAGUACACUAUUUUAAAAUAUUUAAAAAAAACAAGCACAUUAGAGAAAGGAAAGCAAAAAUUACUGGAGGCUCUUGUAAUGUCUGAAGUGGAUAGUGACAUAACUGAAGAUUAUGAAAAUAAAUAUAAAAAAUCAAGACAAGAACAAGCAAAAGUUACUAAUCUUACAAAAGAUUGUGGAAUAAUUAAAGAUACAACGAAAAAACAACAAAGAAAUAAUAAAUUACCAGAUGCGCCUCGUUCACCUGAAGGUGCCCAAAUUAAAACCAAGACACUUCCAAAAAUUACCGAAAUAAAAGCAAUGGACAAACCAUUUGAACUUCCUUUACCACCACGCAAACGUCCUAGAACUAAUUUUUAA